UUUGGGUUUCACCUGCCUGACACGGCCCCUCUGCCCCGCAGGAGGAGGAGGGACACGGAGGGAUUCGGAGAGGAGCCGAGGGAACCCACGACCGGUGACAAUAUCAGAGAGUUUUUGCUGAGUCUCAGGUAUUUUCGUAUCUUCAUUGCCUUGUGGAAUAUCUUCAUGAUGUUCUGCAUGAUUGUGUUAUUUGGAUCUUGAAAGCCACCCAUGGACAUGUUGGAAGAGACUUUUGGCUGGGAACAAACUUUUCUAGAAAUAAAAAUUCUGAUGCUCUCCAGCUGCAGGCCCAGGCUUGUGGGGAGCCUGGGACAUGCUCAUCCCCUCCAGGUUCCUUCUCUGCCAGGGCUUGGAGCCACAACCUUCACACAAAUUAUCUCAGCUUCACUGAAAGAGAAUUCUAACUUGGUUUUCUAAGCUCAGAGUGGGGAGCAGAGGAGAAUUGGAGCCAGUUUUAAACCUCUGCCUUGGCAGUCCCAACUGGGGCUGUGCCAGGUCGUGUUACCCCUGUCCAAGGCACACUCUGUAGUUCUCAGUUUUGUGUAGAUGUUGAGCAGUGUUCUUGUAAAUUCUCACUAUAUCAUUACUUUGUGGGAGGUGUAGAAAAGGAAUAUUCAAGAAAAAAAAAAAA